GCAGUUUCUCGGGUUUCGGAGAAUAUCAUUUUGACGUGUUUUAGAGAGUAAGUGGAUAUGAGUGAAACGGCACCGCGAGUUCCGGAUGAAGCGGAAUCCGAGGAUGUGGUGAAUCCGUGGUCGGUCAGCAGUUCCUCAGGGAAGGGCGUGGAUUACAACAAAUUGAUUGAGCGUUUUGGAUGUACUGCUUUGGACGAUGGUAUUCGUCAGCGAUUGCAAUCGGCUAUCGGCGAUACUCCAUUGCAUCACCUUAUCCGGAGAGAAAUAUUUUUCGCCCAUCGAGAUAUCGCGCCGAUUUUAACUAGAAUUGAAAACAAGCAGCCCUUCUUCCUCUACACUGGAAGAGGCCCAUCUUCCACAGCCAUGCAUGUGGGACAUCUCCUGCCUUUUAUCAUCACCAAGUGGUUCCAAGACGUUCUAAAUGUCCCGCUCGUCAUUCAGCUUACCGACGACGAAAAAUUCUUGUGGAAAGACAUGACUUACGAGGAGGCGUUCCAUUUAGCAUUUGAAAAUGCUCGGGAUAUCAUUGCGCUUGGAUUUGAUCCAAAGAAGACAUUUAUAUUCUCCAAUUUUCGAUUUAUGGGACAAUGCCCAGAGUUCUAUCAAAACAUAGUGAAGAUUCAGAAAUGCGUGACGAUGAAUCAAGUACGAGGAAUUUUCGGGUUCGGCGAUAGCGAUAGCAUCGGAAAAAUUGCGUUUCCGGCCGUCCAAGCGGCUCCAUGCUUUCCUUCAUCUUUCCCCUUUAUAUUUGGUGCAAUGAAGGAUGUUCCAUGUCUCAUUCCCUGUGGAAUUGAUCAGGAUCCGUAUUUUCGGAUGACACGUGACGUCGCUCCAAGACUAAAUUAUCCAAAGCCGUCCCUCGUGUUUUCGACGUUUUUCCCGGCGCUUCAAGGUGCUCAGACGAAGAUGUCGUCUUCAGAUCCCAAUUCAUCAAUAUUCUUGACGGACUCUGAUAAAGUGAUCAAGACGAAGAUUAACAAACAUGCCUUCUCGGGAGGCAAAGCCACGGUUGAGGAACAUCGGCUCCUCGGAGGAGAUUGCGAUGUAGACAUAUCCUACCAGUAUCUCCGCUUCUUCCUGGAGAGUGAUGACGAAUUAGAUCGCAUCAAACAGGAAUAUUCUUCUGGAAAAAUGAUGACGGGAGAGCUGAAGAAAAUACUGAUUGAAUUGCUGCAGAAGAUUGUGGGCGAGCACCGAGCGAAGCGCGCGGAAGUGACCGACGAAGUUGUGAAGGAGUUCAUGACACCACGACCGUUAUUGCUUUAA